AUGCAGAACGCACUUACGAGAGGCACGGGAAUGGGCGGAGUGCCCUCCGCGCAGUCGCAACCUCCGUCCGCAGGCAACAUGGCGGCAGGCCGGUUCAGCACCAGCGCACUCCCUACCAACCUGCAGCAGGUAAGGCAAGGGGAAUGGGGGAAAGAGGCGCAGCAGCAGCAGAUCCCAGGGCUGCACGCGCACACAGGUGCGGUGACCAACCGUGGGAGCGGAGUGAGCUUAGUAGGCGGCCACCCUUUCGCCGGCAGCAUGAGCGGACUAUCCGGCGGAGCAGGCGCGCCCGGAGUAGCAACAGCGGGCGGGGGAAUGAGCGGGAUGACCGGAAUGAGCGGGAUGAGCGGGAUGAGUAACGUGCCUGGACAGAGAACAAUUGGCUCCGCGGGUCUAGGGGUGAACCCGUCGCAGAUUGCGGGGUCUGCGGGGAGACUAGGCGCGCCCGGGUCGUUGGGCAUGGCAGGGGCGGGCGGAGGGAUGGGGCUUUCCGCGGGGGCAGGCGCGGGGGCGAGCGCGGGGCUGUCUCGGGCGAUGAACCCCGCAGGCGCGCUGGGCAUGUCGACGGUAGGGGGAGCGCGCGCGUUGGGUUCGGUAGGGCUGGGGGGAAGUGUAGGGGCGGUGGGCGUGCAGGGGCCUGGCCGGCCGUUGGGAACAGGAAUGAUGUCCGGGCAGGGGCAGGGACAGCAGCAGCAGCAGGCGCAGCAGCAGCAGAUUUCUAACCAUCCGCUCUCUUCUCCCUGCCUCUGUAACCCGCAGCUGGGGCAGGGAGAGGGCAAACGGGACGGGUCGAAAGGGGAGGGCGAGCAGGGGGAGGAGUCGAGGCAGGGAGGGCAGGAUCAGGAGCAAUUGGGCGGGAGAGGCGAGCAGCGAGAGGGUGAUGGUGCAGCGUUUGACAUGAGCGAGUUUCCCACGCUCAACACGAGGCCACCUGGGAGUGCAGCCAUGGCUUCAGGUGCAGGGUCUGCAGCAGCGGCAGUGCUAAGGAAAGGGGCUCCAUUGAACGCGCUGCUACACCAGGGAGGGCCGGAAUUCAGCAUACAGAACGAGGACUUCCCUGCCCUGCCCGGCCUCAAAGCGGGCGCGGACAACGGAGGGGACAAGGACAGUUCCGCACAGCAACAGCAGCAGCAGCAAGGCGCAGGAGGGUCAAUCAGAAGCCACUUGGACAUGCUUCAGCAGCAGCAGCAGCAGCUGCAGCACCUUAGCUUGCAUGACAACCCCCACCUUUACCAGUACCACCAGCACCACCACCAGCAGGGGCAGCAGCAGCAGGGGGGACAUUUGAAGCAUCUAGAUCAGCGCAUGCUCUCGUCCCCUCCGCCCUUCAAUGCACCAGGUGCUCCCAGUAGCUCCAUGCUUAUCCUGCAACGCUCCGCCAGUCCUAGCCCUUCCCUCCAGCAGCAGCAGCAGCAGCAGCAGAAACAGCAAGAGCAGCAGCAGCAACAGCAACAGCAACAGCAACAGCAACAGCAACAAGAGCAGCAGCAGCAGCAGCAACAGCAGCAGCAGGAGCAGCAGGAGGAUCAGACACGGGGGGCAGACGGAUCGAGUUUGCGGCACGCAGACGGCUCUGGAAACGUUCUGUUAGGGCAGGGAGGGGGAAAGGCUGGAGAGCAGCAAGGUUCGGCACCUGGUUCUCGGUCCAAUACACCUGGUCCCACGGGGCCCCAGCAGCAGGCUCAAGCAGGAGGCGGGCAGUUGGGAGCAGGGAAGGAGCAAGGUGUAGACGGGCCAGAUAAGUACGGGUUGCUGGGGCUGCUCAGUGUGAUUCGGAUGAGCGAUCCAGAUUUGACGACGCUGGCGCUGGGGACCGAUCUGACGACUCUCGGGCUGAAUCUAAACUCGCGGGAGAAUCUGUACCGCACGUUUGCGUCGCCGUGGGCGGAUGGGCCGACGAGAGCUGAGCCGGAGUUCAGCCUGCCGGCUUGCUACAUCCAACCCACGCCUCGCCUGCAGCCGGGCUACUUCUCCAAGUUCCAGCAGGGCACGCUCUUCUAUAUAUUCUACAGCAUGCCGCAUGAUGAGGCGCAGCUGUUCUCUGCUGAUGAACUGUGCAACCGCGGGUGGUUCUACCACAAGGAGCAUCAGGUGUGGUUCACACGCGUGCCCAACAGCGAGCCCGUGGUGAAGACCCCCACUUACGAGCGCGGCUCCUACUACUUCUUUGACCCCACCGUGUGGGAGACCGGGCGCAAGGACAACUUCGUGCUACAGUAUGAGAUGCUAGAGGCCCGUCCCCAGCUGCCCAUUCCUCCCCAGCGAUAG